CAUAAAUCGCAGAAACUCUCUCUCUCUCUCUCUAAAGCAUAAUCUUUCCAUUUUUCCAUAGAUCAAUGGGCUGAACCUCAAAUGGGGUUAAUACCACCAUCAAAUCUACAGAUAAAUGAAAUUCAUUGCUAUUUUAGAGAUGAAUUAACUCUGUCCAUCUUGAUGCAGGUGAUACUGAGAUUCCAGAGCUGGGUUAUGACAGGAAAGAGGCUAGAUGUACCCAUGAAUUGGUUUGUUAUCGAAGGAACACCCAGAAAAUCUCACAGUCAUUGUCAUGUUCUACACCAUGCUGCAGAUGAGCAAAUUCGUUUGGAAGAAUUGCGUGAUAAGGUGAUACUGAGAUUCCAGAGCUGGGUUAUGACAGGAAAGAGGCUAGAUGUACCCAUGACUUGGUUUGUUAUCGAAGGAACACCCAGAAAAUCUCACAGUCAUUGUCAUGUUCUACACCAUGCUGCAGAUGAGCAAAUUCGUUUGGAAGAAUUGCGUGAUAAGGUGAUACUGAGAUUCCAGAGCUGGGUUAUGACAGGAAAGAGGCUAGAUGUACCCAUGACUUGGUUUGUUAUCGAAGGAACACCCAGAAAAUCUCACAGUCAUUGUCAUGUUCUACACCAUGCUGCAGAUGAGCAAAUUCGUUUGGAAGAAUUGCGUGAUAAGGUGAUACUGAGAUUCCAGAGCUGGGUUAUGACAGGAAAGAGGCUAGAUGUACCCAUGACUUGGUUUGUUAUCGAAGGAACACCCAGAAAAUCUCACAGGUGUUACUUUCCGAGAAUCAUGGAAGUGAAUCCGUCACCAAUUAUGCCUCCUGCUGAAACACAACCUUCAGUCCAAAUCUAGGUUGAGCACCCGAAUUUGGCAAUAUCCAUCCAGUAUGGAAUUUCUAGUUUACUUGUUUCUAACAACCUUGCUCCGGUCAGAUGAAGAUCUGCGUUGCUGAUUCGACAUUCAUCUCUAAGUCAGCAUAGGUUGCCACCUCAGAAAUACAAACCUACAAGUGAUAAACCAAAGAUGAGAAGUAUAAUUUUAUGUGAGACAUGUUUAGUAGUUCGUGGACAUGCUUUGUUUGAUGGACCGAAAGUUCAAUUCAAAUAUGAUAAACACGGAUCAUAUGCAAAGAUUGCAAAUUGGGGUAUCCUUUUGGUGGAAAAAUACAGGACAAAGUCCAUAUUUUCCUCUAAUUCCAGUAAAACACUGAAAAAUUUAAUAGGACUAUAAUAUUUUUUUAUGUAGGUACCCUUUUUCAUGGAUAAAGAAAACACUUCUGGUGUACUAAGGACCGAAGUCAUCAUCAUACCAAGGGAAAAUCCAAGGGACUGGGUUCGUCCUACCUCAGAUUUUCCACUGGGGGUUGAUUCAUCUAUAAACAGGAUGCAUGACAGAGACAAAGCUGGUGCUAAGCCCAAGUUAGAGCCUGAAGAGAUGCAUCAUGUUAAUUUUGGCGAUGAUUAACAUGAUGGCGAUGAUAAGGAUGUGGAUGGCAUAAUGCCGAAGCUCCAACGUGCUGAUUACUACAUAGUUCCUCCUAUGGAGGAGUUGAUAUCAAAGGAGAAGGAAGAAGCUGGUUUUUGUUGCCACGUGAAGGACUUUGUGGUAGGAAGACAUGGGUAUGGAAGCAUCAAGUUCUAUGUCCGGAAGCUUGAUCUUGAUUCUGCUAUCAAUUUCAACUGUCGUGAGAUGCAUCAACAAAUCGACUGGGAAGGAGUACAGAGAUGGACCAAUGGUCAAUAAGUAUAGAGGCUUAUUAAGAAAACAGUAGAGCAAGAUGCAAAAAUUGUUUUUUAUGAUCCAGUGGAAGUGGAAAUUUAGGGUGUCACACUUCUAAUUGUGAGUUCAAAUUUUCAUUUCUAAAAGCUCAUUUGAGGCAAGUUGAUUCUGUCACACGAGUAGUAUUCUCAGGAUUUUCUAGCUUAUGUGGAAUGUGUAGUAGUAAGUCUUCCACCUUCUCCUCGUCCAUGAACAUUAGGGUGGGGACCAUUAGACUUUCAAAUAAUUUUAUAAAGAUGCGCUCAGUCCAAUAAAUUAGUAAUUAAUAUUUGUAAUAUAUAUUAUCUUUCUUUUAUAUGAUACAGAUAAUCUUUUCAUUUUGUUUUGUAAAAUUUAAAAUUUUGGGCCCUUUUUUUAAUAUAAAAUAUAGAUUUAUCCGUGUAAUUCCAUAUAGGUUUCAUUGAAAUUUGUCUACUUAGCUUUGGGAUGUUAGGCAGCUGCAUUUCUUUAGGUCCCUUGUUGGAUGAUCUCUGGUGAAAGACAGCCUUCUCGAAUAAGGAGUCUAUCUGAAAACUAUUUUGCAGCAAGAUUUAGCUUUCUGUGAUAAGGAAACCAAUAUGGGAGAGGUGGUGGGGCGCAUGUCUGGUGACGCUGUUCUUAAACAAGACGCAAUGGGCGAGUAGGGAAAUUUGUACAGCUGAUAUCAACGUUCUUUGCGGGCUUUGUCAUUGCAUUUACUAAAGGCUGGCUUCUCACACUUGUUAAGUUAUCCAUCAUUCCUCUACUUGUCAUCUUUGCUGGAGUGAUGUCCCUCAUCCUAUCUAGGAUGGAGUCCCGUGGAUAAGAUGCUUAUGCCAAAGCAGCAACGGUGGUUGAACAGACAAUUGGCUCCUUUAAAAUG